AUGCGUCUUUAUUGUCUAUCAGAUGAUCCAAAUGUACCAUGUUUUAUUUUAACAGUAAAUGGUCGUUCAAUACUUUUGGAUUUUCCAUUACCAAUUGAUCAUUUACUUGAUUAUUUACCAAUACCAUCACCGGGUUGUUUAAAUCGAUUUUCAUCAUUACCAAAAUAUAAAUUAUUAUCAUUUAAUAAAGAAAAUAAUCUUCCACAACAAAUAAAUGAAUUACGUUUAUUACAUAAUCAAAUAUAUGUUUAUUCCCCAAUUGAAUUUUAUACAUUAGAUUCUAAUCAAUAUGAUUUUUCAUUAAUUGAUAUAAUACUUAUAUCAAAUUAUGAAACAUUUCUUGCUUUACCAUAUUUAUUUAAAAAAUAUAAAAAUUUAAAUGCACAAAUUUAUUUAACAGAACCAACAUAUCGUUUUGGUCAACAAUUAAUGUAUGAAAUUGUUGCUUAUGUUGAACAACAAUCAAAAAUGAUUCAAACAAAUAAUGAAUGGAAAUAUGAUUCAAAUAUAUUUGAUGCUAUUGAAGAACAACAAAAAGAUAAAAAAUUAAAAUUAUUUUCAUAUGCACAAAAAUUAAUGCCUUGUUAUUCAAUUGAAUAUGUUGAUAAAUGUUUAAGUCAUGCAAAAGUUAUUCAUUUUAAUGAACAAAUUGAUUUAUAUAGUUCAAUACGAGCAAGUGCAAUUAGUUCAGGAUAUUGUUUAGGUAGCUGUAAUUGGCAACUUGAUAUCAAUGUUAAUCAUAAUCAAACAUCUAAAAUUGAAACAUCAUCUUCACAAUCAAAUCUCACACGUUUUAUUUAUAUGUCAUCAAGUACAACAUUAGAAACAUAUUCAACAAAAUUUAAUUAUGAUUCAUUUAUUAAUUGUGAUUAUUUACUUUUAUCAAAUCUAUGUCCUUUAUCAACUAUUGAUGCAAGCAUAAAUGGACCUGAAUUAACAAAAAAAAUUGAAAAUAUUCUUAAUGAUCAUGGUAGUGUUUUAAUACCAUGUUCAUCAACAGGUCUUAUUUUUGAAAUGUUUGAAUUUUUAACAAAUUAUUUCGAACAAAUUAAUCUCUUAAAUAUUCAUAUGUAUUUUAUAUCACCUAUAAGUAAUGCAAAUUUAUCAAUAUCAAAUGCUAUGUCAGAAUGGGUUACUGAACAACGACAAAUAGCAUCAUUUAGUGGUACACCACCAUUUAAACAUAAUGAAUUAAUAAAAACAAAAUGUUUAAUAACAAUACCAUCAGAUCGUUUAGAUGAUACAGAAACAUUAAUAAAUUUCGAACAACCAUCUAUUAUAUUUACUGGUCAUAUAUCAUUACGUUUUGGUCCUAUUGUACAAUUAAUUGAAAAAAUGAAAACAUCAUCAUCAAAUGGUAUUAUAUUUGUUGAUAAUCAAUAUUCAUAUAUUGAUGCAUUAAAACCAUAUCAACCAAUAAAUAUGAAAUGUUUUUAUUUACCUAUUGAUACACGUUUAAAUUUUUCACAAAUAAAUAUUUUAUUAAAUGAUAAAAUACGACCAAAAAAUUUAAUUACAUAUGAAAAUUAUUUAAAUGAUAUUAUUAAAAAUGAUAAAAUUAAUAUAUUAUCAUAUAGAAAAUAUGAUAAUAUUAAAUUACCAUCAAUAAAUCGAUCAUUUAUAAAUGGACAAUUAAAUAUUAAAUCAGAUAUUAAACCAAAAUUAAUAUCAUCAUCUAAUUUAGCUAUUGCAAGUAUUCAUGGACAUUUAGAUAUGUGUGAUUAUGUAUAUGAUAUAAAUGAAUUAGAUAAUGAAAAUUUAAAACAAAAUAAUUUUAUUACAUAUGGAAAAAUUGAUAUUGAUAAAUUUUUAAUAAAUCUAGCUAAAAGUGGUCUUUUUGGUUUAGAAAUUAAACAUUUAAAUGAAUAUGAUAAUGAUUUAAAUGAUAAUGAACAAUCAAAUAGAUCCGUCGAAAUCAAAUAUAAUCAAGAUGCAGCAAAAAUUAUUGUUCGUUCAAAACAAACAGAUAUUGAAUGUAAUGAUCCAUUAUUAAUGACUAAAAUUCGUGAUGCUUUAUUAUUGGAUAAUAUAGGAACAUUGUAA